CUUAAGUACAGUUUCUUUUUUCAGCUUGUUUCUAGUUUCUACUAUUCGUGUAAUCAGCGUGCCAAAUAAAUUCACCAAAAUUGUUGUUUGGUCAUUAGUUGGUUUGCAUUUUGUUUCGUGAUCGUAUCCAGUCGCAUGUGAGAAUAAGAUGGGGGACUCCGAUGAGGAGAAUGAAAAAGACUUGGUAUCUGUCCUCAACAUCACUGGCUUCCUCUUUGGCAACAUUGAUGAUAAUGGUCAAUUGGAGGAUGAUAUCUUGGAUCCCGAAGCAAAACAACAUUUAGCUUCGCUCAGUCGUCUCGGUCUUAGCUCAUUCAUUAAUGAAAUGAUGUCUAAUGACUGUACUACUGAGGAAAAAGAGAACAACAAAGUGGAUGAUAAGACGGAGAGUCAAAACAUAACUGCAAAUGAUACAGAUGUGGAUUAUUUUGCAAAAUCACCUACUGCGCUUGAUUUUUCUGAUAUAAAUGAAUUAGCAGAAGAUAUAAAUGAUGAUACUUUGAAAAAUAAUGCACUUGACAAGAGAUUAGGAGACAAAGAGAAUGUGGAUUAUGAUGCUGAUGAUGAGGAGGUUGUUAAUAAGUCAGAUACACAAUUGAUGCCACCUCCGCCAAUACCCGAGGAGAAAGAAGUGUUAACUGCGGAAGAAGCAGAGGCGGCUCGUCAGCGUAAAUUAGAAACGCCUUUAGCUUCUAUGUUGCCUUCUAAAUAUGCCAAUAUCGACGUCACCGAAUUAUUUCCGGACUUUCGCGCCAAUAAAGUCCUCAGAUUCUCGAGGUUAUUUGGCCCAGGCAAGCCGAGCAGUCUGCCACAAAUAUGGAGAGGUGUGAGAAAGCGACGUAAGAAGAAAAAACAUGAUAUUAAAGAUUCUGAUUCUGGAUCGGAUCAAGAUGAUAAAAGGCCUAAAUUUAAGGGUUGGGUAAUACAGUAUGGUCCCGAACCUAGCGCAGAAGCGUGUCGCUCAGAUGAUGAAAACAAGCUCUUGCUACCAGUAGAAGACAAGGAGCAAACUGGUAAAACAGGUGAAACUGGAGAGAACGGCGAUAUGGGGCCCAAGGUGGCGGAUUGGAGAUUUGGACCCGCACAGUUAUGGUACGACAUGCUGGAAGUUCCAGAAACUGGAGACGGAUUCAAUUAUGGUUUUCAAAUGACGGAUAAAGCGGAAGAACAAGGGAACGAUAAAUCAGAAAUUGAAGAGUUUGCUGAUGAUGCAUUUUUGAUGGUGUCACAGUUACAUUGGGAGGAUGAUGUUGUGUGGAAUGGAGAUGAUAUAAAGCAUAAGGUAAUGCAAAAGUUGAAUAGUAAAAAUAACGCAGCCGGCUGGGUACCCUCGAGCGGCAACAGAACCGCUCAAGCCUUCAGCCAACCAGGCAAAGGUGCUCCAGUUACAGUGGCACCUAAUGUCAGAUUAGCUACUUCACAAAUUGCAACGCCGUUGCAUAUGCAGUCUCAGAAGAAUAAAAUGAAUAUGGGUAAGGGAAAUCAGCAACAACAACGGGAGGAAAAUUACGAUGAUACCUGGUACUCGAUAUUUCCGGUGGAAAAUGAGGAGCUAGUUUAUGGUUUGUGGGAAGAAGAAGUCAUCUGGGAUCCGGAGAAAAUGAAGAAAAUUCCGAAACCGAAAAUACUUACAUUAGAUCCGAAUGAUGAGAAUAUAGUUUUGGGCAUACCGGACGAUAUCGAUCCCGCUCUCCUUCACAAGGAUAAUGGUCCGCAGCCUAAGGUAAAAAUUCCGCAUCCGCACGUGAAAAAGAGCAAGUUACUACUGGGCAAGGCAGGUGUUAUUAACGUCCUCGAAGAAGACACGCCUCCGCCACCGCCCAAAUCACCCGAUAGAGAUCCGUUUAACAUAUCAAAUGACACAUAUUACAUGCCCAAAUCGUCGGAAACUACGUUGCGGCUGAAAGUCGGCGGCGGCAAUUUAAUACAGCAUAGUACUCCAGUCGUGGAGUUACGUGUUCCUUUUGUACAAACGCAUAUGGGUCCAAUGCGAUUGAGAAAUUUUCAUAGGCCGCCGUUGCGAAGAUUCAGCCAUGGUCCGUUGGCUCAUCCAGGACCACACGGCGUCCUGCCUUUACUGAAACACAUCAAGAAGAAGGCUAAACAACGAGAGCAAGAGAGAAUCGCUUCAGGUGGUGGCGACGUGUUUUUCAUGAGAACACCCGAAGACUUGACCGGGCGGGAUGGCGAGCUAGUACUCAUCGAGUUCUCGGAAGAACAUCCACCUCUCAUGAAUCAAGUCGGCAUGUGCUCUAAAAUGAAGAACUAUUACAAGAGAAGGGCUGGCAAAGAUCAGGGUCCACAAACUUAUAAAUACGGGGAAACGGCGUACGCUCACACUAGUCCGUUUCUGGGCAUCCUCACCCCUGGUCAAAGUAUCCAGGCGAUCGAAAAUAACAUGUACAGAGCUCCGAUUUACGAGCACAAGAUUCCCAGCACAGACUUCUUAGUUAUAAGAACGAGACAGCAAUAUUACGUUAGAGAAAUGGACGCGUUGUUUGUUGCUGGACAGGAAUGUCCUUUGUACGAAGUACCAGGACCCAAUUCGAAGAGGGCGAACAAUUUCGUGCGCGAUUUCCUACAAGUGUUCAUAUAUAGAUUGUUCUGGAAGUCGCGCGAUACACCCCGGCGGAUUAAAAUGGACGAUAUAAAGAAAGCCUUUCCGUCCCAUAGCGAGAGCAGCAUCAGAAAGAGACUAAAAUUAUGUGCAGACUUUAAGAGGACCGGAAUGGAUUCCAACUGGUGGGUGAUAAAACCGGACUUUAGAUUGCCUACAGAGGAAGAGAUUCGCGCUAUGGUAUCGCCAGAGCAGUGUUGUGCUUAUUUCAGCAUGAUCGCGGCCGAGCAGCGUCUAAAAGACGCCGGAUACGGUGAGAAAUUCCUGUUUACUCCACAGGACGACGAUGACGAAGACAUGCAGCUCAAGAUGGAUGACGAAGUAAAAGUGGCACCGUGGAAUACAACGCGCGCUUACAUACAGGCCAUGAAAGGAAAGUGUUUGCUACAAUUGGCCGGUCCGGCGGAUCCAACUGGUUGCGGUGAAGGCUUCUCUUAUGUCAGAGUACCGAAUAAGCCAACUAUUAGCAAGGAGGAGCAAGAAGCUCAACCAAAGAGAACUGUAACUGGCACAGAUGCAGAUUUGAGGAGAUUGUCGUUGAACAAUGCGAAAGCGUUGUUACGUAAAUUUGGCGUGCCCGAGGAAGAGAUCAAGAAGUUAUCGCGUUGGGAGGUAAUCGACGUGGUGCGAACCUUGUCGACGGAGAAGGCGAAAGCUGGUGAAGAGGGCAUGACAAAAUUUUCUCGGGGCAAUCGUUUCUCUAUUGCCGAACAUCAGGAGCGCUAUAAAGAGGAGUGCCAGCGUAUCUUUGAUUUGCAGAACCGCGUGCUGUCAUCAAAUGAGGUACUGAGUACGGAUGAGGGUGAGAGCUCGGAAGAAGAUAGCUCGGACAUCGAAGAAAUGGGUAAGAACAUUGAAAAUAUGCUAUCGAAUAAAAAGACUAGUACGCAAUUGUCGUUGGAGCGGGAAGAACAGCAGCGACAAGAGUUACGAAAGAUGUUGAUGGGCGAGGCGCAGGAACAAGAGAAUAAGAAGGGCAAGGAAAAUAAAAAGAAAGACGAGGAGGAAGACAGUCCAAUUAAUAAUUUUAAUGCGCAGCAAGGUCGCGUAUUGAAAAUCUACCGUACCUUCCGCAACCCGGAAGGCAAAGAAUACACGCGAGUCGAAUUGGUGAGGAAGCCCGCCGUAAUCGAUACGUAUCUCAAGAUCCGUAAUUCGAAAGACGAAACGUUUAUCAAGCAGUUUGCCACAUUGGACGAAGCACAAAAGGAGGAGAUGAAGCGGGAGAAACGUAGGUUGCAAGAACAGUUGCGACGGAUCAAGCGAAAUCAGGAGAGAGAGCGUAUGAUGGGCGGACCGAUCGUGAACGGCAGCGCUAUCAAUAACUCGAGUAAUAAUAAUAGCAACAACAAUAUAUUUGAUCGCAGCAGCACCAACACUCCGAGCAGCACUAUUAUUUCCUCGACCAGUAUCCUUCCAUUCUCUAAUUUCCCAUCUUCUUCCACUACCACUACCACUAUGCCUAAACAUCCAAAACCGGAGGUAUCACCUCCCAAGCGUAAAAAGCCUAAACUCAAGCCAGAUCUAAAACUCAAGUGCGGCGCCUGCGGCAAUGUCGGCCAUAUGCGUACCAAUAAGGCCUGUCCACUUUAUCAGAACAGCAUCGCCACUGCGCCGGUCAACGUCGCGAUGACCGAGGAACAAGAAGAAGAGAUCGAAAAGCAGUUGAACACCGACGAUCAGGAUUUGGUAAAUGUUGAUGGCACCAAAGUGAAGCUGUCGUCGAAACUAAUCAAGCAUGCUGAAGAGGUGAAGAGACGUGCACUGGUACUCAAAGUGCCGAAGGAAGCAGUGAACUCGAAGAAACGCAGGAAACCGCCUACUGAUGACCACUGUGAUUACUUGAAACGUCAUCAAAGGCCAGUCAACAGACGUAGGACUGAUCCAGUUGUUGUAAUGUCGACGAUGUUGGAGAGUAUUCUAAAUGAAAUGAGGGAUUUGCCGGAUGUGCAACCUUUCUUAUUUCCAGUCAAUGCAAAAGCAGUUCCCGAUUAUCAUAAGAUUGUACAACGACCUAUGGAUCUGCAGACCAUACGUGAGAAUUUGAGGCUGAAAAAGUAUCAAAGUAGAGAAGAGUUUUUAGCAGAUGUUAAUCAAAUUGUGGAAAACUCGACGCUUUAUAACGGAGCGAAGAGUUCGUUAACCGUGGCUGCUAAGAGAAUGCUAGAUACGUGCGUCGAAAGGCUUGGCGAAAAGGAGGAUCGUUUAAUGAGGCUGGAGAAAGCCAUCAAUCCUCUUCUGGACGAUGAUGACCAGGUUGCCCUCACCUUCAUCUUAGAUAAUGUUGUUAACAACAAGUUGAAAUCCAUGAUUGAAGUGUGGCCGUUUAUGAAACCUGUCAAUAAAAAGAUGGUGAAAGAUUAUUACAGUAUCGUGAAAAAACCAAUGGACUUAGAAACGAUAUCCAAAAAAGUUUCUGCUCAUAAAUACCACAGCCGUCACGAAUUUCUCAGAGAUAUCGAACAGAUUUUGGAAAAUUGCACUCUUUAUAAUGGCAAGGAUUCUCCGCUCACAAAUAAGGCAGAAUUGCUGGUUAAAGUGUGUAAAGAAACAUUAGAUGAGUAUGAUGAACAUCUAACACAACUGGAGAACAAUAUAUUGCUCGUACAAAAACGUGCAAUGGAGCAAGCUGAUAUGGAUUCUUCGUGGCUUGGUCCAGACGACGAAAAUUAUACUAUCGCAGAAUCUGAAUUCAGAAACAGUCAGACCAGUUCUCCAGAGAAUCCAUUUGGCAAGUCAAACAUGGAUGACUUCGAUUUCGUAGACGUCGAAGGAGACAUGGAAACGGAUGUUGAUAGAAACUCAAAAAAGAAAGAUGUGCUCGAAGAAGAUCUUCAAUUUUCCAGUGAAGAUGAAUUCGAUGAAGUGCCCUUUGUUACGGACGAACAUUCUGGACAAAACGAAAUGGAGACGCUGGAAUUGAGCGAGGUCAGGGAGGAAGGUGUUGUACUAGCGGAUGAUGACAGCCAACAAGCUGCCGAGGCGAUGGUUCAAUUAGGUAACGUCGGUUUUUAUGUAGGCGAGCAGCAACUGCUUCAGCAAGAUGAGAGCAUGGACGUCGAUCCGAAUUACGAUCCGUCGGACUUUCUGCUGGCUGGCUUACCAGCUAGAGAUGAUAAAAGCGAGAAUAAGAUCCAAGACGAUCUAGCUGUUUCCGAGAGCGAUGAUGACGCCGAGAACAUCAUUCCGAAGCAGGAGGUGCAGCAAAACCAACAGCAACAGCAACAGUUGUCGCAACCGGAGGAGGAUGUUGGCGGCGAUUUGUGGUUCUAAACGCGCGUUUUAUUACGUUGAAGCGACAUGAUAUUUAUAUAUCUAACAAUGGGCAGAUACAUACACACGGUUAAGAAUUCACAAGCUGCAAGUUCAUUUUGUAUCAUUGAAGAGAAGAGUUGCAAGAUUUACUCUUCAUAUAUUAUGUGCAUA